AUGGAAGCAUUUGUCGGCGAGCAGACGCAUUGUUAUCAGAAAAGUAACUACACCCAUUCCAAGACAUCGUCUAGCUCAAGGCUAUCGUCGAGCCUGUCGUCUGCUACUUCAGAAAAGGAUUGCUCUGGGGCAAACGAGAACGCAGCACCCAACUUGAGAAGAAUUGCGCGCCGACUCGAGGACCACGGCGCGACCUCCGUCGGUGCUCCGUCUCCUCUCCCUUGCAUCGUCGACGCCAUCCCCGGCACGUUUCCUCAGGAUAUGGACGGCCAAGCGCCGGUUCCAGCGUCCCGCAUCGAUAAGACUAACGGCUCUCCGCAAAAAAUUGUCCCGCCCAAAGUUGAGGCUGAGGUUGUCGCGCUGAAGCGAGUCAACAGCACUACGGAGAGCUCGGAGGCUUACUCGGAGGCCGAACUAGCCCCCUUGCACAGGCCCAAGACGUACGACGACAAGCACACCGCCGCCGCGUCCCAGCAACGAGCCCCUUCGGUCUCUGAGCUCGUGAGCAAAUUUCGGCGCAUGGAGUCGCCACCAAGCAAUCUUCGGGCGAGCAUUGCGGGCAACGCGGAUUUCCACGCUGCGUCGACUAAGGCUGGGACGUUUGGCACUUGUCGCAGUCGCUUCUCUGACGAUUCCGAGGACACGUCGGCCCUGGCUUCCAAUGCUGAAGACGCUGAACCUCAUUCUGCCCUCGACAUGCCCAGCCAGGAUUGCAUCGUGGCAGGCACAUGA